AUGGCCAGUGCAGCAGACACGUCCAUUGCAGCAGAGAUGGCCCAUGGAGUCCAGCAGCGGCUGGCCCAGAUGUUAGAGUGUAUGAGCAAGGAGCAGCUGAGGGAGUUCCUGCUGCAGCUGCCUGAUAAGGAUCUCUGCCAGCACUCUCCUGGGGCGACCCCAGCGCAACCAGAGGAGGUGGCCUCAUGCCUGGUGGCUCAAUACGGGGAGCAACAAGCCUGGGACCUGGCCCUGCAGUCCUGGGAGCAGAUGGGCCUGAGUGAGCUGUGUGCUCGAGCCCAGAAAGAGCCAGCUAUGAAGUCAGAUCGCAGCGUCAUCAACGUGAUCGUGCCCGAGGGCCGCGUGCACUUCUUCCAGCAGCUGGGCUACGUGUUGGCCACGCUGCUGCUCUUCCUCCUGCUGCUCAUCAAUGUGGUGCUGGCCACGCGGCAGCAAAGGCGGGGUUAUGACUACCCGGACCAGAAGUCGGCGAAGUCCAAGGGGAAGGACGUGAACUUGGUGGAGUUUCCUGUGGCCACAGGGGAGCAGGCUUUUUACAGGAGUGAGGACAUCCAGCUAGAUUACAAAAACAACAUCCUGAAGGAGAAGGCCCCGCUGGCGCACUGCCCCCCGCCCGCCAAGAACAUCGAAUUGGACAAAGAGUUCAGGAAGGAGUACUGCAAGUGAGGGUGGGGCUCCUGCUGGCCGGCAGUCCCACCCCCGCCCAGCUGUCUGUCU